AAUCACAUUUUCAAUAGUCAUUCAUUUGAAUCGAUGGACACAACUAUAACAACAACAAGACAUCCAGUGAUAUAGCGAUGACCACUACGACUACGACAUCCGAGUCCAAGACAGCAACGGCUAUAGAGUUGUUGUCAAACACUGAUUAUAUUGUCUUAAGACAAGACCAGUACAGUCUUUGGUGUUCAAGAACCGGAUCCGAACCACUUGUCAGACCAAUCAUCGUUAGCGACAGUUCGUCCUAUUCGUCGUUCAACUGUCACGGCAUCGUCUACGGCCUGAUCGGUGUCUUUCAAUCGGACAAACUAUUGCUGAUUAGACAGAGUCAACGGGUCGGGUGUCUGCCAUCAUCAUCGUCAUCAUCAUCGGCGUCAUCAGCAGCUAAUAUUACUGAUGGUAGUGAUGAUGACGAUGUUGUCUACAAAAUCCAAAAGAUAACAAUCCUGAGCCUAUCGUCAGCUGAUCCGAUCGGCGAUUUACAACUUGAUCCGUGUAAAGUACAUAACUGUUGUACGAAACUUACCGCCGCUGCUGCUGCUGCUGAUGAGCAGCCACUGGACAGAUCAGGUCAUGUCCAGGAAUCAAGUCAUCAUCAGUCGGCAUCGUCUUCAUCGACCACAAGUACCGGUGGCGGCACAGGCGGUGGCGUCCAGAAGACAUGGAAUCAAAUCAAAUGGACGGCAUCUCAUGUAAAGCCGAGAGUCGUCUCAAGAAGUAAUCCAAAUACAGAGACCAAAGAUAAAUGCGAAAAACGAUUACUAGAUGAAUUAUAUAAAAUGUUUACCGAAACCGAGUCUUUCUACUAUUCGCUGACCGGAGACCUAACAAAUUCACUUCAGCGACAAUACAAACAAAAGCAAACAGAAACCAAAGCCAAAGAUUCAGAUGAUUUGCAGACAUCGCCGCCGCUCUGGAAGCGUGUGGACAACCGAUUCUUCUGGAAUAAAGUUAUGCUACAAUCGAUACUUGAUUGUCAAUUUAGUGGUCCAGUAGUGGACAAAUGGAUACUACCGAUAAUCCAGGGUUAUGUGAAAAUUGAAAAAUGUUUUCUCGAUAUCAAUGAAUCGGAUAAUAUUAAAACCGAUUUCAAAUCACUGGAAGACGUACGGCUGGCCGGUGCCGGCGACUCCAGGCCGAUAGCCCAUCAAGAACUCUAUACAAUGACAUUGAUAUCGAGGCGCAGCCGUUUCCGGGCCGGUACUCGCUAUAAGCGACGCGGUGUCGACGAUCGGGGCAAAUGUGCUAACUAUGUAGAAACUGAACAAAUAUUUCAAUUUGGUCAACACAUUGUAUCGUUUGUGUCCGUUCGGGGAUCGGUACCGAUCUAUUGGUCACAAAUUGGACACAAAUACCGGCCGCCGCCGCGCAUUGAUCGCAACGAAGAGGAAACACAACAAGCGUUUAACAAACAUUUCACUGAGGAAUUGGAUUUGUAUGGCAACGCAGUGGUAGUCAAUUUGGUGGAGAAGACCGGACGGGAAAAGAUCAUAAACGACGCAUAUCUUAAUCACGUACUAGAGUUUGAUAACGAAAAUCUGGCGUAUGUUUCGUUUGAUUUUCACGAUUACUGUCGAGGAAUGCGCUUCGAAAACGUAUCGAUACUUAUGGAUGCCGUCAAAGACAUCAUCAAAGAUCAGCGCUACUGUUGGAUAGAUAACGAAGGAUUGAUUUGCGAACAAAGAGGUGUCUUCCGAAUCAAUUGUAUUGAUUGUCUGGACAGGACUAACAUAGUUAUGACAGCUAUUUGCCGAACCGUAAUGGACACCCAAUUCGUUCGGCUGGGACUGUUGCCGCCCGAAGGCCAGCUAUCGGCAAACUGUAGGCGAAUAUUUCAGAUGAUGUGGGCCAACAACGGCGACAUUAUUAGCCGACAAUACGCCGGAACUGUAGCACUGAAAGGCGAUUUUACCCGAACUGGCGAACGUCGGCUGACCGGUGUUGUACGCGACGGCUAUCACUCAGCUAAUCGAUAUUAUCUGAAUCGUUUCAAAGACGCCUACCGACAGGCUUGCAUUGAUCUGAUGCAAGGCUUGACGGUUAGCGACGAUCUGAGCAGUCCUGAUGGUGGGGCCGUAGCCCCAGACGAUGGCUGUACAGUUGAUGGCGGACCCGAACUUAUGAGCGAACAGGAACAUCACGAACGAGUGAAAAUGGUUAUCGAAGAUUGUAAGAAAAUAUUGAUUCCCGAAUCGGAAGUAAUAUUAGGCGGUUGGCCACUGGUUGAUGCCGAUCCAGUUACCGGAUCCACGUCCAUAACCGAUACCGAUAUGGAUACUGUACUGGUGUUGACCAAAGACAGCUACUAUGUGGCCGAAUAUGAUGACCAAACCGACCGAAUCAUUAAAUAUCAGAAAGUUUUAUUAGAAGACUUAGAAAAGAUAGAGUUGGGUCCCGAACCCAAUCAACUAUUUCUGAUUAAAUCCAAUUCUCAGUCGUGUUGUAUCAGAUUUCACUAUCAAAUCGAUGGCCAGAGCGGCUAUUUUCAUAUGUUUCGGUCGACGAAUACCCGUUUUUUCAACAAUAUGGCCAUUCCUAUACGUAAUUUGGAUGAGGCAACCGAAUCGCUGAAAGCUAUCGGCGAAUCGUUCAAAGUUGCCCUAUCGGUCAAAGAGCUUAACGUACCGUUUUAUGAGGGAAAACUAGAUCGCCGUAAAAGUAAACUGAUUAAUAAUGUCGGCCAUCAUAGAAAUCACGGUAACAUUGAUUCGGGUGGUGGUAGUGGCCAACAAUCCACUGAUAAUCUGUUACUGAAAGUCAACUAUAAUAGUCAACAACAUAUGCACCGAAAUGUUAGCGACGGUCAACUAACUAAUCUGAAAUCUGUCGGCUCCCGAGCCAUAACCGGUGUCUAUUCGCAGUUUAGUCGACUGAAAGGCAAAUGGUCUAACAAUGAUAAGCCGCAGACCAUCAAUGAAUUGGCGACCACUUCGACUACGACUACUAUUAAUACUACUGCCGGCAGUAGUGGUUCACUUCAGACGUUAACAUCGCCGUCUGUAUCGUUCAAUGUCGAGAGCAGUUGCGAAGAGGACGACGAUGAAGAGGACGAUGACAACGAAUCGGAAGAUGAAGAUUCGUUGCAUAAAUUGAAGAAAAUCAGAUCAAAAAUGCAAACUUUGCCACUGAGUAGUAGUGGUGGAGGAGUACGACAUCAUUCCAGUGCUGAACGAACCUUCAGCUCUGACUACUCCGAGUGUUCCGAUUUAGAAGAUCCCGAUCUACUACUGUUGGCCAGCGAUGUAUCAAUCAGUACAACAGAUAUCAGCCGAAGUUGUAUUGCAAGCAAUCGAGGAAUCGAUUUAUCCGAUCGGCUGUUGGAAAGUUGCGGUAUUAUAGCUACCAGUCCGCCGCUGAUCGAACCGUUGCCAACAGAUAGCGAUGGUCUGAUAAUUAGCCAGAAAUCGGUGUUUCACGAAGUGGUCGACGACUUUGUAUUGGAUGCCAUGAAACGGGCAUCACUUAAACAAUUGCACCGAAAAGCGUCGGAAAGUUCAUUGAUUCAGACGUCGUCGGCUUCAUUAGCCGAACUAAGACAGUGUCCAUCGACACCAGUCAUACAUAUUGACUAUUCGAUAGCCAAUAGUGAGUCGCAAACGUUUGCCGCGUUAAUGGCCGGCAGCGGCGGUAGCGAAUCGUUUGUCCAGAAAACCAAAAAACUAUCGAAAUCGUCGGAAAAUCUGGAAACUUGUCGUUCCUCGUCAUCUACGGCGUCGGCAACACAUGAGGCCAGUAGUCAUCAUCAAUCGUCAUCGGGUGUCGUCCGAACAGCCGAAUCGUUUCAAUCGCUCGGUAGUCAUCAUCAAAACGAAAUGUCUGUUUCGAUAUGCGGUAGUAGUAGAGAGUCAUCGCUGGCCGGCGUUUGCGGCGGCGGCGGUGGCGGCGGAGGACUCGUAACAACCGAUUCACUUAAUGUCUACAACAAUAAAAUGAAAACAUCUCAAAGUGAAAAUGCUAUUCAAGAAGUUUCCAGUGCUGGUAGUGGUGUAGGACUGGCCCUGUAUUUGCCAAAUCCGCCGCUAAAUGUUAAAAAAGAUUUAGUACUGUCCCCACUGUCACGUAUAGCCAAAGGUGUACAACAUUUAAGUCAGAAGACUACCGGACGACUUAUCCAUCAUUUGGAUCAUCAGACAAACACCAACACCAACACCAACACUGCCGGCUCAUCGGCUUCACCACAGGAUACAGAAGCCCAUCAGUUGUUAGUUAAACGCAAAAAUCAAUGUAAAUCCAAGAUUAUUGAGUUAUAGGGCGCGGGGGAGGGGUAUCUGUGAUAUGUUUUUAUUAUUAAUUUUAUUUAUUUUUAGUUAUCAUUUUUACCGAUAGUUACCCAUCAAAUAGUAUUACCGGUAAUAUUAGUAUUAUUAUUACUAAAGUAUUA